ACCAUGUUCGUGUUCGCACUUUUAUGUUGCGCUGUUAUAAUAUUAUGUUUAGCUUAUUUAAACGGAAAAUAUAAUGAACACUAUUGGAAGAAAAGAAAUGUGCCCUUCUAUUCAGAACACAAAGUGAUGGGAGUGUUCUGGGACUUUGCAGUUAAAAGGAAGCCAGUCUUUCAAAAUUUAAGAAAAGUUUACAAAAAGUUUCGCAAUGAACCAGCCGUUGGUAUCGGAUCACUGUUAACACCGACUUUAUAUGUGAUAGACCCUACUAAUAUUCAACAUGUAGUAGCAACUGACUUCAACUCCUUCAGUCACCGAGGACUGGAUAUAAACGCAGGCGAUCAGCUCGCCGACAAUAUUCUCUUCAUGAAUGGAAAUCGUUGGAAACUGAUGCGUCAAAGCAUGUCACCCCUGUUCACAUCCACAAAGUUAAAAUCCAUGUACUAUAUCAUUGAUAAAAGUGCCACAGAUUUCGUGGACCAUUUGAAAGCUAACAGAGACCUAAUGAAAGGUAAUGCAUUUGACACUUUAUGUUCAUUCUGCAGUGCAGCUAUAGGAGGUGCUGUGUUCGGAGUGAGCACAGGAUCCAUUUUCGAUUCGCCUUUCCUUGAUAUGGCACGCAAAUCGACAAAACCAACUUUGAUGGGUAAUUUCAAGCUCAGUAUUGCCAACAUGAGCAACCAAUUAUUCAGCAUCUUAGGAUUAAAAUUAUUUACAGAAUACGAAGACUUCUUCAUAGGUGCCAUUAAGCAGAUCAUACGAUUACGAGAAAAUGAGAAAACUAAACGACACGACUUCGCUGAUAUAUGCGUAGCUUUACAGAAUGCUGGAAACAUUGUAGAUAAAGAUACUGGCUUAGAAUUAAAACCAACAGAUGAGUUAUUGGCAGCGCAAGCCUUCUUCUUCUUUAUUGCUGGUGUGGAGCCUACAGCUCAAGUGUUAUUUGUCACAUUAAUAGAAUUGGGAAAACAUCCGGAAUACUUAGAACGAGUCCACGAUGAAAUUGAUGAAGCUUUUAAAAAACACAACAACAAAAUGGACUAUGACAUUGUCAUGGGUAUGAAGUUACUUGAUAUGGUUGUAAAUGAAGCUAUGCGAUUGCAUCCACCAAUUGGGUUUUUAAAUAGAAAAUGUGUAAAGGACACUGUUCUUCCAGUGGGUAAUAUUAAAGUUGACAAAGGAACAAGGAUAAUGAUGCCAGUAUUUGAAGUACAACAUGAUGAAGAAUAUUUCCCAGAUCCCGAGAAGUUUAUACCAGAAAGAUUUGCUCCAGAAAAUAAGCACAACAUUAUUGAUGCUACUUUUAUGCCAUUUGGGAAAGGAAAUAGAGUAUGUGUGGGUACUAGAUACGCUACGUUACAAACUAAAGCUGGUUUGGUUCAUUUACUACGCAAUUUCACAAUAAGGACCGUUAUUUCGGGUGAAGGACCCAAAUACGUUCCUCAUCCAAUACAAGUAAGACUUGAGAAUAUAGACGUUGAAUAUAUACCGAGGCGAAUUCCUACAUAAUUCUAAAAUCUCAGUAUUAAUGUUAUUUAAUAAUAAUUAAAAUUAAUAAGAAUUA